AUGGUGAAGCGAUGUGAAGGCAUUACUAUUGGCGGAAAUAAGUUUUUGGCUCACGAUGACACCAAGUCAGAUCGCGUCGUGGCUCUCCGCAAUGAGCGUAUCAUUCAGUCAACGUACUUGACGCGAAAGUGCCAGAGUCCGGCUCAGACUAAAUAUUCCAGCCUGAACAACCGACGCCAGCGUAUCUCUAUGAUGAUCUCAAGACAGCUAAUGUCAAUCAUCAACCUGGGUUUAAUGGCGAAAAUCAGGUCGCAUAAACUAGUGAAAACCCCAGAGGGCGUCUUCUACGCCAUCAAUGCCCACGCUCCAGUAUCCCAUGCUCUGCUGAAACCACUGGGAAAGACGUCAAAGGUUGGUAAUAUUUAA